AGAAAAUAUAUUUCCUAGUCAAAAAGAUGGUUUUUUUCCAUUAUGAUUUUUUUUUUCUUUGUUUACUAUUCCACAGCCGGUGUAUUUCUUUUACACACUUUCAUAUUUUUUAUUAGUCAUGUACAUUUACAGAGCGAGUUUGAGAUAUAUAAAAAGUCAAUAUAGUUACAGAAUCUUUUUAUUGAUAAAUACAAAAAAUAUUCUAUGAGUCUUUGUUUUUCUGGAUUUCCUUGGAAAUUAAAAUUUUGAAGUUGCAAGAGAACUAUGCUACCUUGACUUGCAGCUUUCAAACUUUGGUGCGGGAACAGAUUGAAGCUUAAAAACUUGAAUACUUUGCUGUAGGAAGAGAAAGCUUGAAUACUUCGAUGCAGGAAUAGAGAUAAAACAAAAAUGCUCCAGUACAAGAUAGAAUAAGAACUUGAAUGCUCUGGUACAUGAAUAGACUAAAACCCUGAACACUGCUCCAGAAAGUAAAAUAAAACUACUGGUAAUUGAGUGCUGGAGGUCCGGUUUGCUUCCUGAAACUGGAGGACAAUCAAGUGGAUGGCUAACCAGAUGUGGAUGUGUUUCUGGUCUGAUAAGGGUGUGGAUGCUUAAAUCAGAAGUGUGGGGGUUUACAUCCUUGUUUUAGAGCAGGUGUGGAUGCUUAAAUUAUCAUGAAGUGGAUGUCUGGUUCAUCUUCACUGGAUGUUGAUGCGUACUUUUAUCUUUCGUGUGGAUGUGGAUGCUUAAUAUAUCUUUAGUGUGGAUGUGGGUGUCUAGUUUAUCUUCAGUGUGGAUGUGAAUACUUGGUUCAUCUUCACUAUGGAUGUGGAUGCGUAAUUUAUCUUUCAUGUUAUGUGGGUGAAUAGUUUGUAGAGUGUUGGUGUGGAUGCUUAUUUUAUCUCCAGGGUGGAUGUAGAUGAGGUGUAGAUGCUUAGUUCAUCUCUCAUGUAGAGGUGAUCAGAUGUGGAUGUUUAGUUCAUCUCCAGUUUGGAUGUGGAUGAGAUGUGGAUACGUAGUUCAUAAAGUGUUGGUGUGGAUGUUUGGUGUAUCUCCAUUGUGGAUGUAGAUGUAAUGUGGAUGUAUAGUUUAUUAAGUGAUGGUGUGGAUGCUUAAUUUAUUAAAUAUUGGUGUAGAUAUGUCAGUCCAGUAACACUCCACCAUGCACACGAAGCCAAAACCAGAGUCAACAUCCGAACGCCGAUCAGCUGACGACCAAAACAAACAUGGAGGCGGUGAGGUCCAUUCUCCUCCUAAGCUCUAGGGCCACAGGGAGCCACCUAGCAGCAGCAUGUGGGCGAAGCUUCAGCGUGGCAGCCAGUGGGUGGCGGCGGCGGUUGUGUCACUCUGCAGGGCACCACCGCCAGCCAGACCCUCCCCCCACCAGGCCCGAGGAAGAGGAGGGGGAGGGGCGGAGGGGGGUGGAUGAGGGGGUACGAGCUGGCCAGCCUCUCCCACACACUCACCCUCACUUGUUGCAGCCAGGACAGGUGACGUUUGGCAUCACAAGGGAGGAGUACAGUGAGAGGCGGCACCGACUGAUGGAGAGGCUGGGGGAGAGGGAGGGCCAUCACCAUGUUGUGUUGCUGCCCGGCACUCCCAAGAGGUACAUGGUGGACAAGAUUCCGUACCUCUACCGGCAGGACACAGACAUGCUCUACCUGAGUGGGUGCUUGGAGCCGGGGUGUCUGCUGCUGCUGCACUCCCUGCCAGGGCGCCCUGCACCCAUGCACCGCUCUGUUAUGUUCACGCCACGCCACGAGGCACCCCAGGAGCUGUGGGACGGUCCUCGCACCCGUCCCGACCAUGCCCCAGCUGUGUGGGGCGUGGAUGCCGGCCUGCCCCUGGAGGAGCUGACCCGCUACCUGGACAAGCUGGAACGUGACCUGGGGUCCCCCGCCCUUUGGUACCAGCCUGAGACCACCGCUGGCCCUGGCCUGCACCGCCAGCUGCAGGCCUGGCUGGCCACUGGGGGCCGCUUGGGGGCUGUGGAAAGCCCCCGGCCACAUGUGCACGCCCUGCGGGUGGUGAAGUCCCCAGCGGAGCAGCAGCUGAUGAGGCAGGCCUGCCGAAUCUCGGCAGAAGCCAUCGCGGCCACUAUGCGAUCCACCCGCACCCCAGCCUCAGAGCACCAGCUGUUUGCCACAGUGGACUAUCAUGCCAGGAUGCGCGGUGCAGACCACCUGGCCUAUCCCCCUGUGGUGGCCGGCGGCCCCCGUGCCAACACCAUCCACUACACUGCCAACAACACCCUGGUGCAGCCCGGCCAGAUGGUGCUCAUGGAUGCUGGUGCUGAGUUCCGGGGGUACAGCGGGGAUGUGACACGCACUUGGCCAGUGGACGGGGAGUUCAGCCCGGCCCAGCGCGACCUGUACGAGGCGGUGGCAGAGGUGCAAGAGGCUGUGGUGCAGGCAUGUGCCUCGCAGCGUCCCACUCUGGACCAGCUGUUUGCCCUCAUGUGUGCCAGCCUGGGCCGUGUCCUGCAGGAACUGUGCAUCCUGCCUCUCAGCUACUCCGGCCACCAGCUGUCCAGGGCCGCCUACCUGUACUGCCCACACCACGUCAGUCACUACUUGGGCAUGGAUGUACAUGACACAGCACACAUCCCGCGUUCCCGCCCCCUCACACCCGGCACCGUCAUCACUGUGGAGCCAGGGAUCUACAUUCGCGAGGACAACCGGACAGCCCCCACACGCUACCUCGGCCUGGGGGUGAGGCUGGAGGACGAUGUGCUGGUGACAGAGAGCGGGGUAGAGGUGCUGACGGCUGCCUGCCCCAAGCACCCUGAUGAAGUGGAAGCCAUUGUCGGUGCUGAUUAUAAGUGAGCGGGUCAGUGUGGGGUGGAGAAAGUGUGUGUGUGUGUGUGUGUGUGUGUGUGUGUGUGUGAGAGAGAGAGAGAGAGAGAGAGAGAGAGAGAGAGAGAGAGAGAGAGAGAGAAAUUGGUUUGGUAGAUAGAUAAAUAAUGGUGAGAGCAUUUGUGCGUGUAUGUUUGUUUGUGUGUGAGAGGGAGAGAAAGAGAGAGAUUUUGAUAGAUGUACAUGUGUGGAUAGAUGAGAUUAGGAGAUAGACUGAUGAAUAGAUAAAUGUGAGGAGAAACAGAUAAAGAACCAGUGAAUUAGAUAGAUAGAUAGAUAGGUUAGGAGAGAGAUAAAAUAUAAAUAUAGAUAGUGUCAUAAAUACAUAACUGAAAAGAUAACUAGAUAGAUGGAUAGAAUAGACAGGUGUGAAUACAAAUUAAUACCAAAAUACAGGGUGAUGCGUAAACAGUCAGGUAUGUACGCAUGUAUGUAUGUAUGUAUGUAUGUCUAGCAGCUAUACUUAAAGAAAAAGCAAUCAUAAAAAAAGGUCAAGCAUACAAAAUUAAGAUGAGUAAUGCACAUGAGACUAAAAAUAACACGGGUUUUGUGUGUAUGCGUGUGUGUAUGUUUGUAUAAUCCAGUGUACAGUCAUUAUAAUCACUGCCUACCCUUGUGUCCUCUGUACAUGUGUCUACUGUAAACUUAAAGGAAUGUAAUCAUGGCAUAAUAAUCGUAGUAAUUCAAAUCAGAAUACAAAAUGACUCACAACAUUUGACGACGAGAGAAAACUUGCGUAUGAUGUUUUUGUAUUGUGUUUGUAUUGUGUUUACUUUGAGAGACAGACACUAGAUAGAUAGAUAGAUAGAUAGAUAGAUAGAUGGAUAGAUUGAUAGAUAGGUAAUACUGAAAGAGCUGACAGAAAGAUAUAUAAAUGGAAAGAAAGAUAGAUAGAUAUUGCAUUGCUUGUAUGAAAAGAUGAUAGAUAGAGUGGAAAGAAAAGGCAGGGAGAGAUAGAUAGAUAAUUGUUUGUGUUUUAUAUGAAAAGACUAGAUAGAUAGAUAGAUAAAUGAAAAAAGCAUAGUUAGAGGCAGAUAGAUUGAUAGAUAAUGCAUUUCUAUCAUACAAUAUAGACAGAUAGAUAAUAUUUUGUGUUUAUAUUAAAGCUAAAUAGAUACACUAGUGGAAAAAAGUAUAGAUAUAUAGAUACUGUAAAAUCCCUCUCAUCUGGCAUUCAAGUAUCCGGCACAUUUUUCCCCGAGCCUUAAAAUCAAUAAAAAAUCAAUGUGUACUCAUAAAAUCGAUUAAAAUUCCUGCGCGAGGCAUACUUUGUCCCCUCGCCACCAGAGCACACUGCUUUGCGCCACCCGCGGCCCACUGCACUGUGUUUACUCAGUGACUCAGUCCCGUGUGUGCACUGUUUAUUGCCUGACACCUUCGUCAUGCCUAAAGUUGUAGAAAAGAGGAAGCGUGUUGUGCUUACACUUAAGCAUCUGAUCAGAUCAGCUGAUCUUUGUUAUGGUAAGAUGCAUGAGUGUAGGGUGGUGAUUGUGGACGUAAUUUAACUUCUAUUCAAGUAUCCGGCAAUAUUCAAGUAUCCGGCAUGUUGGCGGUCCUGUUGAUGCCGGAUAAGAGGGAUUUUACUGUAGAUAGAUGGAUAGAUUACGCAUUUCAAUCAUACAGUAUAGAUAGAUCAUGUUUUUUGUAUAUUCACCAAGACAAGACAGACUGAUGAGUGGGAGAAUGCAUGUAUGUAUGUAUGUAUGUAUGCAUAGGUAAAUAGGUAACAAUGUAUUUCAAUCACACAACUCAAGCCUCAAAUGUUAUGUAGCAGGAUGUGAAUACCUAAUCAUCUUUGUAUUACUGACUGAAUAACAAAGUUUAAAUGCUAUCCACUCUAUGCAGCUAGACAGUCAUUUGUUUUUCUCUGCUCCUCCUCUUAAGAUCUUAUUCUAAAACAUUUCUUUGUCACUCUGCUUUCAAAAGGCUCUAUUUGAGGUGACGCAGGUUUUUAAGGGUGUUUUUACAGUUCUAGUGACAGAUUAACAAGAUUUCUACAUUAUUAACAGGAAAAAUACUCUUGAGAACUGAGCAAAUCAUAUAUCUGGCCUUUGAAAACAGUCGUGGUGAUGGUGACACAGGUUUUUAAGAAUGUUUUUUAUGGUUCUAGUGACAAAUUAACAUGAUUUCUAUAUUAUUACCAACAGAAACAAUCUUGAAAACCUGGCUAAUCAUCUCUUUGAAAACAGUCGUGGUGGUAGUGGCACAGGUUUUUGAAGGUGUUUAUAUAGUUCUAGGGACAAAUUAACAUGAUUUCUACAUUAUUACCAGCAGAAAUACUCUUGAAAACCUGGCUAAUCAUUACUGUAACCAAAGAGAAAAAUAAUAGCGAGAGAGGAGAGUGUUUCAGAAUAUGGUCUGUUUAAUAAUUAAGUGUAUGUUUGUACGAUGUGUUUUUAAUGGGGUGACAAUUCCGCUGUAGAUGAGAAAAGAGAAAGAAUGGAUGGAGUGUGAGGCAUAUUAGUUUUGGUGUUCAUUUGUUUUGCUUUCACUCAGCCAUGUGUAUAUGUGUGUGUGUGUGUGUGUGUGUGUGUGUGUUGCAGUUAUCAGUUUAUCUUGUUUUAAUGUAAUAGUAGCAAUAAUAUUUCUCUCUCUCUCUCUCUCUCUCUCUCUCUCUCUCUCUCUCUCUCUCUCUCUCUCUCUCUCUCUCUCUCUCUCUUUCUCUCUCUCUCUCUCUCUCUCUCUC